CGUCAAUGAAAUUGCACCUUUAUGGAAAAUCUGCUGGUAGUAUCGUCAGUGGCGCUACCAGGCGCUACAAAAAUAUUUUUGGCGACUAACUCUGUUGCGUAUGUUUUAAUUGAAAAUUUCAUCAAUAAUGGUUUAUUAUUUCACAAGUGAAGUGGUACAGCCACCUAUUACCUUGUUUAUGGGAAUUGAUAAAUAUGAGAAUGAAGAUCUUAUCAAAUGGGGUUGGCCAGAAGAUGUAUGGUUUCAUGUUGAUAAAUAUUCCUCUGCUCAUGUAUAUCUUCGACUUCGACAUGGCCAGACAAUAGACGACAUUCCUAGUACUGUGUUGGAAGAUGCUGCACAAUUAGUAAAAGCAAACAGCAUUGAAGGGAAUAAAAUGAAUGAUAUUGAUGUGGUAUAUACAAUGUGGUCAAAUUUGAAAAAAACACAAGGUAUGGAGGUUGGCCAAGUUGGUUUUUAUAAAGACAAAGAUGUUCGUAAGAUUCAUGUUGCCAAGCGAAUAAAUGCCAUUGUAAAUCGGCUUAAUAAGACGAAACGUUCUGAAGAAGUAAACUUUAGAGCUGAAAGAGAACAGAGAGAUAAAAAUGAACGAGAAGAUAAGAAAAAGCUCUUAAGAGAACAGAAAGAAAGGGAAAAGGCAGAAGAAAAACAACGUCAGGAAGAAGCAGAGAUGAGAAGUUAUAAUUCUCUCUUUAAUACAUCUAAUAUGACAUCAAAUACGGAAAAUAAUGGAUAUGAUUCGGAUGAUUUCAUGUGAUGAAACUAAUAUUAUUAUUUAUAAUUGUGCCUCAUUCUCUACAUCUCCAACAAAAAAUGUGCAAAAGAAGAAAAUGGCAGAAUAAAACAUGUAAAUCUCUUUCAGGUAUGAUUAUUUAACUGAUUUUAAACUAAAUCUUCUGUAAAAAAACACAUCACUGUAUGAAUUAAUAUACACUAUACUUGUUUUAUAUAAUAGAAGAUUGAUUUUUCAUUUACAAAUGUGAAAACACUGAUAUUAGUUAAUCCAUGAUUAU